AUGAAAAAAAAAGCAGUUGUAAUUUCACCGCUGUUUCAUGGCCCAUUUGAUUUGAGUCCAUCAAUUUAUAUUUCUGAAGAAUAUAAUUCCGGCAAAGAAAUCGCCACACUUCAGAUUAAUUCUAUUAUCGAGCCUUUUCUCAUCGAUUUGUCGCAACUAGAUUCAUCAUAUUUGACUUUUUCGCCAGAUAAUCUAGCUUUUUAUCCUGAGAGCCAUUCAUCGACACCUCUUGAUGUUUUUUCUCUUUCUGCUUCUCGCAUGAAUAUUCCGUUAUUUGUCAAUAAUGAAUUAUUUUACGGUUAUGUAAUGGAUUGGUUACAACCGCUGAAUAUUCGGCGGAAAUUGCUUUUAUAUUUUUUGGCUGAUUUAAUUGUUGAUUAUGGUACCGUCCCUAUAAUUACUUCUCAUAUACUUGAACCCCAGUAUCCGAAACCAUCACUUUUUGGAGUGGAUAAGAUUUAUUUAAUAAAUCUAGAACGUAGAAGUGAACGGCUUCAAAAGAUGAAAGAAAUUUUGAAACUUUUGGGAAUCGAAUAUACUAUUUGGAAAGCCACAGAUGGCUCAAAUUUGCUUUCCGAAGAUUUAUAUAAAAAUAUCAGUUUUCUACCUGGAUAUGAAGAUCCUUAUUACAAACGACCGAUGAAAACUGGUGAAGUUGGGUUUUACUUUAUCGGAUGCUUUCUAAGCCACUAUCGAAUCUGGCGAGAUAUUAUCGAGAAUUCAUUAAAACGAGUAAUUGUUUUUGAAGAUGACUUGCGUUUUCUUACAAAUGCUACAGAUCAACUGACAGAAGUGCUCGAAGACUUGGAUAACUCCAAAAUGUACUGGAAUUUUAUUUAUUUGGGAAGGAAACGCCUUGAAAAUACGGAUGAAUAUUGGGUUCCAGGUCAUCGUCAUUUAAGCACAGUGGGUUAUUCAUAUUGGACGCUUGGUUACUUGUUGAAUUUCGAUGGAGCAAAAAAAUUGCUCAAUGGUAGACCUCUCCAACGGCUUUUGCCUGUCGAUGAAUAUAUUCCUAUAAUGUUUGAUAAACAUCCGAAUGAGACAUGGAAAAAUACUUUUCCUAUUCGAAAUUUGGCAGCUUAUACAAUGUAUCCAACAAUUGUUGUGCCAGAAAGGUACACAAACGAAGAAGGAUAUAUAAGCGACACUGAAGCAUCAGAAAUUGAAAUUAUAGGUUUUGUUAAUUCUGGAAAGGAUGAGCUAUAA